AUGAGUGCGUAUGAGCAGGACCAGCUAGUGACGAAGACGUCAGUUAUACUCAGCAAGCCUGAUGACUGGGAGAAGUGGUUUUUUGUGAGAAAAAACACAGCAAACAGAGACGGCAUGUGGCCGUACGUCAACCCAGGGCUAUCAGGAGAAGAGUUUAAACAGCUACAACAUGAGAAGCCACAGGAGAGGCCUAUUUGGAGGUUUAAGAAUAAAAAAUUAUCUGAAAAGCAGGACGUUGAUAUUGAAGAUCUAUCUGCUGAAGAGGUUUCUGUCCACAGCAUGUGGGCAAGGAAAUUUGAGCGUGAGGAGGCACGGUGGCUGCAGAAAGAGAAGGCUUUAAAGGAAUUCAAAGCUGAGAUUGCUCGGACGAUUGAUGUCAAGCAUCUUGACCUGAUCGUCAAUUGUACAGAUCUGUACAGCCGGCUGACGACGCUCAAGAAGCACCUCUGUCCAUCAGUAAGUGAGAGGAAUCACCAGCUGCGCAACCUGGAUGCCUGGUUCGACGAAUGGGUGACGAUAAUCAGACUUCUGACAGAGGCUAGAAUGCCAGAGAUCGACGGUAAUCGGUCACAAGAGGACUUCAUAAUAUCGGUCAGGGGCCUUGAUGACAGUUAG